ACGAAGCUCAUGAGUCAUGGCGUACGCGACUCCCAGUGAGAGUGUGGAUAGUGAGCUGCGCUGCUCCAUCUGCCUGGGCACGUUCGUCUGCCCCUCCACGCUGAGCUGCGGACACUCGUUCUGCCUGCAGUGCCUGGAUGCCACCUGGGAGACGGCGAGCAGCUUCAGCUGCCCGCAGUGCCGAGCGACCUUCCCUGUGCGACCCCAGCUGAGGAGGAACGUGGCCCUCGUCAACCUGGUGGAGCAGCUCAGAGUUGGAGACGGGAUGGCCGCGGUCGUCAUGUGUGACAUCUGCGGUGACGGCCACACUCCUGCAGUGAAGACCUGCCUGAGAUGUGAGAUGUCCUACUGUUUUUCUCACUUUAGGCCUCACGUGGAGAAUCCCAGGUUGAGAGACCACGCCGUGGUGGAUCCCACUGCGAGCUUGGACGAGAGAAGAUGCCGUAAUCACAAACGGGAGCUGGAAUUCUACUGCACAGUAGAUAGAAGCCUGGUUUGCUCAUCUUGUACCAUCGCAGGAGAACACAAAGGACAUGAUGUCACCAUGCUGAAGGACGAGCACGAGACACGGAAGACGCGCGUAGGGGAAGAGACGCGAGCGGUGGAGGAGAAGAGGAAGGAGGCGGAGGAGUCCGUGAAGCGGAUGGAGGCCGCUCGCAAGGAGGCGCAGGAAUCGGUGGCCGGGAUCAGGGGUCGCAUCACGGGCAAGUUCGCCCGCCUAAAGAAGGCUCUGGACGAGGACGAGAGGGAGGUUCUCCAACGCGUGGCUGUGAAGGAGCGCGAGCUGCUGUCCCGGAUCGACGAGGACAUCGCUCGUCACAAGCAGGAGAUCGGGGAGCUCCAGGCAGCGGCCGCUCGCCUGAGCAACCUGCAGCACGAGAGGGACUCGCUCGCCUUUCUGCAGGUGGGGAGCGCCUCUGUGGAGACGCCGUUUGGGUGUCCAGAACAACAGAGCGGGCAGUGGCAGAGGGACUCGUGGUGCAAGGUUAGAGACGUCACUCAUGAUCUCUCUCUCUUCCACAGGGGCACCUGGAGGAGACGCGCAGGUACAGAUCCUCAAUGCCUCACGAUUAAACACUCACAACACAGGAUGUGUGUGUUAGACACACGGGCUGUCUGUGUUGGACACACGGGCUGUGUGUGUUAG